GACACCGCCGAUGCUGAGCCUUACAGAGAGCAAAAUGGCGGACCGAACACCAGGCGGGACUCCGAAGUCCAGCUCCAAGGCGCUGUUGGAGAGUAAAUUAAAAGCCUUCAGUAUUGGGAAGAUGGCUGUGGCUAAAAGAACUCUCAGUAAGAAAGAACAAGAUGAACUAAAGAAGAAGCAGGAUGAAAGAGCAGCAGCAGAAAUUUAUGAAGAAUUCCUGGCAGCGUUUGAGGGGGGAGAUGGCAGAGUCAAAACGUUUGUACGAGGAGGACUCACCAACGCCACCAAAGAUGAAGCUGCAGUCGAUGAUAAGAGAGGAAAACUCUACAAACCGAAAUCUAGAAUUUUAGAGACAAAACCUGUUCCUCCCCCGGAACCUCCUGCACUGUUUGUUCCUUUAGAUAAGCGCAAUGUUUCUAAGAAAUCAGAUAAAGAAAAGAAGAAGAGCAACCUGGAACUGUUUAAAGAAGAACUCAAACAGAUUCAGGAGGAGAGAGAUGAAAGGCACAAGUCGAAGGGGAGAGUCAGUAGAUUUGAACCUUUACCAAACACAGAGGGAAGAAAAUCGUUAUUGGAUGAUUCUGCUCCAGGUUCUCAUGAUGUAGGAGAUCCAACAACCACUAAUCUUUACCUGGGAAAUAUAAACCCCCAGAUGAACGAGGAGAUGCUGUGUCAGGAGUUUGGGCGGUAUGGACCGUUAGCGAGUGUGAAGAUCAUGUGGCCGAGGACGGACGAGGAAAGAGCUCGAGACAGGAACUGUGGCUUUGUAGCUUUUAUGAUGAGGAAAGAUGCAGAACGAGCACUGAAACAUUUAAAUGGAAAAAUGGUUAUGAACUUUGAAAUGAAAUUAGGAUGGGGUAAAGGUGUACCAAUCCCCCCUCACCCCAUCUACAUCCCUCCCUCCCUGAUGGAACACACCCUUCCUCCUCCUCCAUCCGGCCUGCCAUUCAACGCCCAGCCCAAAGAAAGGCUGAAGAACCCCACUGUGCCCAUGCCUCCUCCUCCCAAAAGCAAAGAGGAGUUUGAGAAGACUCUGUCGCAAGCCAUAGUCAAAGUGGUUAUCCCAACAGAGAGGAAUUUACUCUGUCUAAUUCAUCGCAUGAUCGAGUUUGUGGUGCGUGAGGGACCCAUGUUUGAGGCCAUGAUCAUGAACAAAGAAAUCAACAAUCCAUUAUACAGGUUUUUGUUUGAGAACCAGAGUCCGGCUCAUGUGUACUACAGGUGGAAGCUUUACACCAUCCUGCAGGGAGAUUCUCCUAACAAGUGGAGAACUGAAGAUUUUAGGUUGUUUAAAAAUGGCUCAUUAUGGCGCCCCCCUCCAUUAAACCCUUACCUGCACAGUACAGCUGAGGAGGAGCAGGAGAAGGAGAAGGAGAAGGAGAAGGAGAACGGGGAGGAAGAAACCAAACAGAAAGGAUCACUGAAAGAUGAUGAGAGAGAUAAGCUGGAGGAGUUGUUGAGAUCUUUGACUCCCAGGAGAAACGAUAUAGCUGAAGCCAUGUCGUUCUGUCUCUCUCAUGCGGAUGCUGCUGAGGAAAUCGUGGAGUGUAUCGCCGAGUCUCUCUCCAUCCUAAAAACACCCCUACCUAAAAAGAUUGCGAGGUUAUACUUGGUAUCAGACGUGCUGUUUAACUCCUCAGCUAAAGUGGCUAACGCCUCCUACUAUCGUAAAUUCUUUGAGAUCAAACUGUGUCAGAUGUUCUCAGAUCUAAAUGCCACGUACAGGGCGAUACAGGGUCACCUACAGUCCGAACAGUUUAAGCAAAGAGUGAUGUCCUGUUUUCGGGCGUGGGAGGAUUGGACCGUGUACCCGGAUCCGUUCCUCAUUAAACUGCAGAACAUUUUCCUGGGUCUCAUCACUCUUGAUCAGGAUAAUGAGCCUGAAGUUCCAAAGCAGGUGGAGAAGGUGGAGGAUCUGGAUGGUGCACCCAUCAUGGAGGAGGAGGAGGAGGAGGAGGAGUUAGACGGUGCUCCUUUAGAAGAUGUAGAUGGUGCUCCUUUAGAUGGGGCUCCUCUGGAUGGUGCGCCUCUAGAUGAUCUGGAUGGAGUUCCUAUAAGGAGCACAGAGGAGGAGCUGGAUGGGGUUCCUCUACGUGGAGCUAAAGCAGGGUUUAAGAUGGCACCAUCCAAGUGGGAGGAAGUGGACGGACCAGCUCUGGAGGCUCAGGCUGUUACCACAUCAAAGUGGGAAGUCUUUGAUCUACCAGAAGAGUCAGACAAAAAUAAUGAGAGGGACUCACAUGAACUUGAUAGGAAGGAGAAAGAGAAAAGUUCAUAUUUACAGGAACAGCCAUUACCCCCCCAAACUGUAAAAGAGGAACAGCAUGAGUCCAAAUCCAACAAGCUGUCAGAGAUGAGCGAGGAGAAACGAGCCAAACUCAGAGAAAUUGAGCUGAAAGUGAUGAAGUUUCAAGACGAGCUGGAAUCUGGGAAACGGCCAAAAAAGUCUGGACAGAGCAUUCAGGAGCAGGUGGAGGUGUACAGAGAGAAGCUGCUGCUGAGGGAAAAGGAGAAAGAGGUGGAUAAAGAUAAGGAGAAAGAAAAAGAGAAAAAGGAGAAAGAGAAAUCUGACAACACGCACAGAGAUAAAGAAGAACCACCAUCAUCAUCCAGCAGGAAAGAGAAGAAACGUAGACACAGCCCAUCUCCCAGUCCGAGUCGCAGUGGUAGCAGCGUCCGUCGUGUCCGUUCUCCUUCUCCACGAUCAGAACGCUCAGACAGAUCUCACACUAAAGAGAGUUCACGCACAUCCUACAGAGACUCGCCACGGGAGAGCAGAAAAUCCUCCAAACGGUCUCCGUCUCCAAUUGCAACACCUAAACGAUCCCGUAGAUCCAGAUCCAGAACUCCCAAAAAGUCCUCCAAAAAAUCGCGUUCACGUUCACGAUCUCCACAUCGCUCACACAAGAAAUCCAAAAAGAGUAAACACUGAGGAACCCCUCUGACCCCAAAACCCUCUCGCCCACUGGACUUAGUCUCAUUCUGUAAAUAUUUAGGAAACAAACGUCCCGUUUCCAUGUAGCUUCCUAUUAAAUUCACUUCAUCCACACCUAAAGUGCCCGUCUAAUGGGGAGGGGGGCAUGAUGACUCAUCACCAUGGAAACGGGGAGGUGCAAUGAGACUGCUGGUUUUUAUGUCAGUAAAAUAUAAAACGUUUCAGUUGUAUAGAUGUUUUUGAUUUUCAAUAAAGACAAAGUCACAAUGA